CUGAUGUGGAUGCUUGGAAUGCACCGACGGAAAUAUUGCGAUGCUUAUUGCAAUGGAAUAGUGACAGAUGUUUUCCAAAAUAGUUACUAUACAGAUACUGUAAUAAAAGAACACUAAGACGCUCGUCCACUGUAACAGCUGAAGGUCUUCCAAUAAAGAAAUGGAGUCUGAUGAGAAAGAGAUUCAAGUAUGGGUUUGCCAGGAAGAGAAGGUGGUUUCUGGUCUGACUAAACGUACAACCUGUUUUGACGUGGUCCAAGCCUUGUUAGAGGAACAUCAGACUACAGCUGGGGACAAGAGCCUUCUGAUAGGAAGCCCGAGGGAAUACUGUCUUGUAGAAAGAUGGAGGGGUUUUGAAAGGGCCUUGCCUCCAUUGACCAGGAUCUUGAGGCUUUGGAGGGCCUGGGGGGAUGAAAAAGCUUAUCUACAGUUUGUUCUGGUAAGAACAGAUGUAUUUGUUCCCCAGCCAAGUUGGAGGUCAUCUGAGGCCAAGCAAACACAUACUAAAGAGAUACGAUGGAACCAAGGACCAGCACAAUACAUGAAGUCCAUACCAGUGAAGAAGCAGAAGAAAAUAGUGAAAAGGGCAUUCAGGAAGUUAGAGAAGAUGAAGCAAGGGACUACACAACAAGAGAGGGAUGGUAUGGACAGCCUGAUCAAGCUAAUUAUAUCUCAAGACCACACCAUUAGGCAGCAAAUACGAAGGAUGAGAGAACUUGACCUGGAGAUUAAACAAAAUGAGUUGGAGCUGAGUACAGAAUGGGCAGAGACUGAUGUGGGAAAUUUUGUAAAAGAUGCUUAUUUUCCAAGUCAAAACAAGGACAAAAGCAGCCAGCAACAUGAGAGUCAAUUUGAUGCAAAUCUUUACACCAGUGAUGGGAUUUUACAGCUAGAAGAACAACUUGAACAGCACAGGGAGCUUAUCAGAACUCUGUCUGAUGACAUUGAAAAAGAGAUCAAGAGUAUUUGGUUUCAGGGUAUACAGGAUCCACAAGGGGCAGCAGCAAGUGCAGACUUUGAUCAUGAGGAAGAAGGCAAUGCUACAGAAUUAGAAAACAUCAAAGAAGAGCUGGCAAAUAGCAUGUGCAAUGGCUUGGCAUUACACUCAGACCUUUCACAUGUUCAGAAGGAACUGAAACAAAAUUACGUGGUGCAACAGAACAGGAAACAGGAAUGUGAGCUUUUAGCAGACCAGCUCAGUGCAUUGAACACCAUGGACAAUGUGGAACAACCCCAUUUUGUAAAUUUUAAAGACCAGACAAAGAGCAAUGCAAUACAAAGUAAGGUUUCACAGAUACUGUCCUGUACAGAUGUGAUUGAUACAGACUCAGAUACUGGAAUAAGCUCUACACACAGCCAGGACUCGUCAUCUCCUUGUGGGGAGAUUCCUCUUCCGCCCAUAUAGUUUCGCAAACCAUGUAUCACAAAUAUUUGUAAACGAAUGAUCAUUUUUUUAGACCAGUCGAGAAUUACAAUAAUUUUAGAACACUUUUUCCCCCACCCAUAUACAUUUCUCACAUAACAGUUGAAAAAGGGUUUCAUGAACAGGAAACUUGAUCAAAUAAAAAAGGACUGAACAAAACAUUUAGUGAGUAGGACCACACAUUCUUUAGGACCAGAUUACAAAAUAAAAAUAAUUUGCCUGUUUAUGUAUGGAGAUAAACUGCAUUUAAGAGUACCAAAUAAAACAGGAUAUAUACGAAUGAAAAGUUAUCACUUUUCUAACCACCUCCUUAUAAAUCAGAGCUCCUCUAGGAUAUCCACACUGUUUAUAGCUUCAUAACAAUGUAGAGCAGUGGCCAAAAGUCUUGCAACACCCUAUAGAAUUAAUUCAUUUUGCUUCCAAAAGUCAAAUGAAACCUGCUGAAUAACGUCAUGUUAACACGUUGAAUUACAUUCUACUUUGUAGUUUUCCAUAUACUUAACGAAUAUAAAAA